UAUGUUUGCUGUAAGGCAGACGUCCGCUUAAGCGCUUCCUUAUGGGGCUGAAUGGUCGUUAUAACAUCGCUGCAAAAGCAGAAGCGCGACGGAUGUGGGGAGCAUCACAAGCAUAGUUGGCACACCAAGGGUGCUGUACCAUCUGCAAGGCCCACGGAGCCCAAACUAUGAACGCAGAGGAGCAGGCUGUUACGUGGCUAAUAACGUUAGGCGUGCUGAAUUCUCCUAAAAAGACUAUUGCUGAUCCCGAGGAGUUUUUGAAGGCAUCUUUAAAAGAUGGGGUUGUGCUGUGUAAGCUUGUGGAGCGGUUGCUACCUGGAUCCAUCGUAAAGUAUUGCCCAGAUCCCCGAUGCGAAGCGGAUUGCAUUGCAAAUAUUCGGGAGUUUCUAAAAGGAUGCCACUCUCUCAAGGUUGAGGGCUUUGAACCAGAGUGUUUAUAUACUGGGGAGAACUUUGGUAAAGUUUUAUCGACACUGUCAGCAAUAAACAUCGCGACUCAAGACUCCAUCCCUAAUAGAUCAUGUCCACGGCACAGUGUUUCUGCUCCUAGCCUGUCAACCUCCUCACAAGCUGUUCCCUCCUCACAGUCUAGCAGGCACCUGCGGAGGCAAUCAAAAGCUGUGGAAAUGUCGGAGAAUGGUGGUGGUGGGCAGCUGGUCGUAAAGGCACGCUUCAAUUUUAAACAGAACAAUGAGGACGAGCUGUCUUUUAGCAAGGGUGAACUCAUCAAUGUGACACGCCAGGAGGAAGGUGGAUGGUGGGAGGGAACCCUUAACGGCAGGACCGGCUGGUUCCCUAGCAACUAUGUGCGAGAGGUCAAGACGUGUGACAAACCAACAUCUCCGAAGGCAAUUAAAGGAUUUGACGUCCCUCAGCUAACAAAAAAUUAUUAUAACGUGGUUGUGCAAGACAUUUUGGAGCACGAGAGAGAGUUUGUCAAAGAACUGCAAACGUUACUUGGCUGCUACCUGCGCCCACUACAGGCUAGCGACAAGCUGUCUAAUACGGACUGUUCCAGCCUGAAUGGGAAUUUGGAAGACAUACUUUCUUUCCAACAGGGCCUGUGUCUUGCCUUAGAAGAGUGCUCCAAGAUGCCAGAAGGCCAGCAGCGGAUUGGAGGCUGUUACCUGAACCUGAUGUGUCAGAUCAGAACACUCUACUUGUCCUAUUGCUGUAGUCACCCUUCUGCAGUUUGUGUGCUGACUGAUCACAGUGAGGAUCUGGACAAGUUCAUGGAAAGUCAGGGUGCCACUGCUCCUGGUAUCUUGACACUGACCACCAGCCUUAGCAAGCCCUUCAUGAGGUUGGACAAAUACCCCACCCUACUGCAGGAGCUUGAAAGACACGUGGAGGAAGCCCAUCCAGACUACAGCGACAUUCUGAAAGCAACCAGCGUUUUUAAAAAUCUUGUGACUCAGUGCCAAGAUCUGCGAAAAAGAAAGAACCUGGAGUUGCAGAUCUUGUCGGAGCCAGUGCGGGGCUGGGAGGGCGAGAGCAUAAAGUCUCUGGGUCAGGUGGUCUACAUGUCACAAGUUCACAUGCAAAGCAGCUCUAGCGAGGAUAAAGAAGAAAAGUACCUGAUGUUGUUUCCGAAUGUGGUAGUGAUGUUGUCUGCUAGCCCAAGAAUGAGUGGUUUUAUCUACCAGGGACGGUUAUCUUUGGCAGGAACCACUGUAACCAAACAGCCCGAAGAUGCAGAAACAAGCUAUUAUGCCUUUGAGAUAACAGGAGGAACGUUAGAUCGUGUUAUAGUGUUUUGCAGCAGUUCGCAGGAGCUGCAGGAGUGGUUAGAACAUCUUCAUGCUUACUCCAAGGAGGGAAGCCCAGUUGUUACAACGCUGAAGAACGUUGAGGGUAAAUCUAUGACCACGUCUGGUACAGCAUCCCACCACUUGCACGGUUUCGGUGCUCCUGUGGCUAACCGAGGCCCGCUCGAACCCCCCAAGAUCACCAAGCCAUGGUCCUUAAGCUGCCUGAGGCCGGCGCCCCCCCUCAAACCUUCCGCUGCUCUGGGUUAUAAAGAGAGGAUGUCUUAUAUCCUGAAGGACACCAGCAAAAGCCCCAGACCCAUCAAAAAGUUCCUUCCCAAGAGAAAAACAGAGAGAAAACCGUCAGAUGAUGAGUUCCUGCUUAGAAAAAGCACGGCUGCUUUGGAGGAAGAUGCCCAGAUACUAAAAGUGAUUGAGGCUUACUGUACUGGAGCCUCACCAGGUCUUCACCAGUCCACCACAGCUGUUCGUAAAGAAUGUGUCCCCCAAGUCCUCCUACCAGAAGAAGAGAAGAUUAUUGUUGAGGAGAUGAAGAGCAAUGGCCAGACAGUGAUUGAAGAGAAAAGUCUUGUUGAUGCAGUUUAUGCUCUAAAAGAUGAGGUCCAUGAAUUAAAAAAGGAGAGUAAAUGGAUAAAGCAGAGUCUGGAAGAAGAACAGAAGUCCCGUAAGGAGUUGGAACGGGUGGUCAGGAAGUUGCUUAAGCUGAAGAAUGACUGUUCCUGGGAAGAAGCAGCAGCCCACUAAAAACACUGUGGACAUUCAGUGUUUUUUUGCCAUUUCUGUGUUUUUUGUGUCUGUCUGUGUGUCCUGUAUCGUGUUUUUUUAAAGCGGUCUACACUGAACAUCAUUUUUGGAAAAUCACCACAGCUGGGAUUUUCUGCAAUUGCGCGAAUUUUUUUUAGGACAGAGAUGCGAAUUGCAACCCUGUGAACCCUUAUUUGUGCCGCCGAAUUACAUUUUUCCCCUUCACGGAUAAUUAUCACUGUGCUGUUUCCUUAAGCUCCUGCGAUGUGCUCGGUACAAGAGUAGAUGCAGCAUUCCGGAAAAAAAAGCUUGGAACGUGGAAAAAGUUGGAACACCUCAGGAAACUGAUGGAUUUUUUUUUUCUUAAACUGCUCUUUUUUUCUUCCAUGCACUGUCUGCACAAAAGAAAAUAGGUCAUCAUGGAGCAAAUGAACAAAUAUCUGCCUCAUUUUAUGACUGUUACUGAUUUCAGUCAUGGAUUUAAUCUGUGUCAUCUACUAAAUCUGAUAAACAGCAUAUCAACUCAUGCCGCUCUUGUACAAAUGAGAUUAUUCUGUGGAUGACUUAUGAGUGACAGAGGUGUUGGACUUCAUGGUCAUUGCAAAUGUUUGUGGGUCUAGGUGCACUGCAGAGCUCCAGUGAUGACAAGUAUUACACAAAUACAUCUGUCCCAUUUCUGCUUUAAUAAUGUGAAAUCGUUUCUGAUUCUCGAGGAUCUUUUACACUUUGAGAUAGCAAGAUGGCCUAGUUUAAAUGUUACAGUUUUUUUUUCAUCUACAUGCUUGUAAUCCACCAUUGGACUGUAGGUUUAGAUUGAAUGUUUUUAAAAGUGUGCUACACAAACGAUCCCUCGCAUCAGCAUUGCUUGUACAGUAUUUCUAAAACAGCCAUUAUAUUACAUAAUCAUGCUUUGAUAAUCAUUCUCAUACUAGUCUAAAGCUAUCAGGGAUAUAGUUGUCAAGUUUAUAAUACUAUACUAAUACGAUACAUCAUAUAAUGUAUGUAUAUCAUAUAUACUUGCAUACAGUAUAAAUAUGUAUAUAUCAUAGUAGAUACUAUAAAACAUUUUUAUGAAAAAAAAAUACACUCAGAAAAGGGUACAAGAAGGUACAAAAGUUGGUAACUUUUGUGCCUAAAAGGUGCAUAUUGGUUCCUCAAAGUUACACAUUAGUACCUUAGAGGUGCAUACUGGUACCUCAAAGGUACAUAUCUGUACAAAAAUGGUACAUAUUAGGACCCAGUGAAAACUUUUGUACCUUUUUUCUGAGUCUAAGAAAUGUCAACCUCUUUUUACCGAGGUUUGAAACUAUUUCAUACGUAUCUUGAACCAAAAAAAUAUAUAUAUUGCAGAUUUGGUUCUCAAAGGACAUCUCUGUUGAAAACAGUUUUAGGAGAAACACAACUAUAGGCACUGAUAUUUAUUCCUCCCUAUACAUAAGAGGCUCAUAAUGCAUAUAAAUUGAGUCAAAUCCCAUUUUUAGAUUUUGUAAGCAAACAGUAGCCACCGGAGGUACAGUGUGAUCUAAGUAAUUACUCAUUUUCACGGUGGCACAGUCAUGUGUGGCGUGUCUUGCUUUUUUCUUGAAUUCUUGCCACAAUUCCUAACAGUCAUGUUCAGUAAAUGAGUAAUUACAAGGGUGAUUACACAAAUAACAUCAUGUUAGGUGCUGAACCCUUUUAUCUAUUCAUUACGACACUGUAAUACAUAUGCUGUAGUCAUGCAGCUGUUUACUGUAGAUUUAAAUGUAUGUUAUUUACUGGCAACAAUUAAACAUUAACAAGUCUUUUUCUUUACAGAAUAAAACUAUAAAAUAAGAACCUCACGCAACGCAUUCUGGAAACCAGAAAUCCUCAUCAAUCUUUUUCUCUUUUUUCCUUCAGAUUUUGCUUCCCAGAAUGCUUUGCAUAAGGCUGUUUUUGUUUUGUAAAGACAAAUACUUGUUAAAGUUUAAUAUUCAUUUAACUUUGAACAAACAUAAGUAACCUACAUUAAAAAUCUACAGUAAGUUACUGUCAACCAGCUUCCAGUAAUACUGUAAUUUCUACAGAUAUUUUGUACACUGCAGUGUAACAUGUAUGUGACUAAUGCGUUUUAUCGCUGUGAAUUGGAGGAACAUAAGCAGUGCAUUUAAAGAGCCAUAUGAGAAGAGUUUGGUGGGGAUUUUUUCAUUUAUUUCCUUUUCAAACCCACCACCAGUGCUUAAUUUUAGAGCAUUGCUGGUGUAAAAGCAGCGAUUUGAUGCAAUAGAUGACUGUUGUAAUAAUUACUGUGUGUUUAUAGGCGGUUCCUCUCUCUUGGAAGGAGUUGGCUAUACUGUAUAAUCGAAUUAGGCAAUAAGAUGUGCACUAAGGUGCACGAUAUAAUGCUGUUACUGUUUGUUUGUGUGUGUGUGUCUAUUGGUUUUUCGAAUUGUUUUACAACAAUUAACCUUGCAUGCCAUGUAUUAGCCUUAAAUAUUGUUUUAAAGUGUUAACUCCAAUAGAUUGUAUUGUAUUAUUGUUAUUUUGGAAACUCCUGCGUUUUAAAAUCUGCCUUAGUGUGAAUAUAACCAUGUGUUCUUCCUGAUGGUCUGUGUAUUUGCGUGUGUUAUGUGGGAUGCGAUGGUUGAAAUGAUCAGUGGCUUGUGUGAUGAAUAUUCACAAUGCUAGUGCCACAUGGAAACAUGCAGUUUGCUUGACGUGACUGCUGAUCUCAACAAAAUCCACUGUGUUCAAAUGUCAUGAAUGUGUCAGGAAAAGAACUGAAUACCUGAUAUCUGUAGCACUUUCAGGAGAUCAAAAACGAUGGGUCAAGAACAUUCAUGUCUGGUUGCUCUUUUAAAGUGUCCGCAAGCAGAGCUGAUCUAUGCAAUAUGAAUGCUUAUAUAUAUAUAAUUUGUUUUUCUAAUGCUUGUGUUUUUAUUUUGCCCUCAUUUCAAUAAGGAAUUGUUAUAAUAAUAAAAAAUAACAUCAUAAGA